AUGGACACACAAGCAGGAACAUCUCAGAAGGACAUCUAAUGUUAUCCCCGGAUUGUGACAUAAAAGAUAAUGACAGAAGACAGGAUUCUCCAGGAGAUAACCCCAUUACCCCAAUUAUACAUCCAGCCCUAUCAGCUGAUCCCUCUGAUCCUGGGAAAUGUUCUCCUGAUCACUCUGAUAUUGGGGCAUCUGUUACAGCUCUGACAGUAGAUACAGUGUUUCCCUGUUCUAUAGAUGCCAAAUGUUUUACACAGAACACAAAGCUCAUUACCCAUCAGCCAGCUAAGGCAGGGGAGAGGCCAUUUCCAUGUUCUGAGUGUGGGAAAUGUUUUACAUACAAAUCAGCUCUUGUUACACAUCAGCGAAGUCACACAGGUGAGAAGCCAUUUCCAUGUUCUGAGUGUGGGAAAUGUUUUACACUGAAAUCACAUCUUGUUGUACAUAACAGAAGACACACAGGUGAGAAACCAUUUUCUUGCUCUGAGUGUGGGAAAUGUUUUACACUGAAAUCACAUCUUGUUGUACAUAACAGAAGUCACACAGGUGAGAAACCAUUUUCUUGCUCUGAGUGUGGGAAAUGUUUUACACAGAACUCACAACUUGUUACACAUCAGCAAACUCACACAGGUGAGAGGCCAUUACCAUGUUCUGAGUGUGAGAAAUGUUUUACACAGAAAUCACAACUUGUUACACAUCAGCGAAGUCACACAGGUGAGAGGCCAUUUCCAUGUUCUGAGUGUGGGAAAUGUUUUACACGGAAAUCAAAUCUUGUUAAACAUCAGCAAAGUCACACAGGUGAGAGGCCAUUUCCAUGUUCUGAGUGUGGGAAAUGUUUUACACUGAAAUUAAAUCUUGUUACACAUCAGAAAAGUCACACAGGUGAGAGGCCAUUUCCAUGUUCUGAGUGUGGGAAAUGUUUUACAUGGAAAUCACAACUUGUUCCACAUCAGCGAAGUCACACAGGUGAGAAGCCAUUUUCUUGCUCUGAGUGUGGGAAAUGUUUUACACACAAAUCACAUCUUGUUAUACAUCAGCGAAGUCACACAGGUGAGAGGCCAUUUCCAUGUUCUGAGUGUGGGAAAUGUUUUGCAAACAAAUCAGCUCUUGUUAUACACCAGAGAAGUCACACAGGUGAGAAGUGGUUUUCUUGCUCUGAGUGCAGGAAAUGUUUUACACAGAAAUCAGAUCUUCUUAGACAUCAGCAAAGCCACACAGGUGAGAGGCCAUUUCCAUGUUCUGAGUGUGGAAAAUGUUUUUCACACAAAUCACAUCUUGUUAAACAUAACAGAAGUCACACAGGUGAGAAGCCAUUUACAUGUUCUGAGUGUGGGAAAUGUUUUACACGGAAAUCACAACUUGUUUCACAUCAGCGAAAUCAUACAGGUGAGAGGCCAUUUCCAUGUUCUGAGUGUGGGAAAUGUUUUACACGGAAAUCACAACUUGUUACACAUCAGCGAAGUCACACAGGUGAGAGGCCAUUUCCAUGUUUUGAGUGUGGGAAAUGUUAUACGCAAAAAUCAAAUCUUGUUAGACAUCAGCAAAGUCACACAGGUGAGAGGUCAUUUUCAUACUCUGAGAAAUAUAUGGCCAUCAAAUUCACAUUCACUAAAAGCAAUGUGGAAGUUUCCUUUCUUGAUCUAAUCAUUUAUAUCUCUGAUGGGCAAGUCCAUUCAAAAACAUACAGGAAGGAAUCGGAUUCAAAUAGUUUUAUUGAUAGGACAAGCCAGAAUCACGCAAACUGGUUGGACGGGAUACCGUUCAGCCAGUUUGUGAGAGUUAAAAGAAACCGUACAGAUGCUGGCAUGUGUAGUCAACAGUUGGAUGAACUUUCAGACCGCUUGUUACAGAAGGGCUAUACAUCAGGGACACUCGAUAUAGCUAGAAAGAAAGUGGACAACACUGACAGGGUCACUCUGUUAGAAAUAAAAGAAAAAUCCACUACUAAUGAUGACCGAUACAAACGGGCAUUCAUUAGUCAGUUUAGUAGAUCUUUUAAAGAUACAGAUGUGUCCUCAAACAUCGUUGCUCAUAGCGCACUAUUUAGGAUCCUGAGUCGCGAGUUGUUUGAGGAAGCAGCCCCUGGUCUCAAUCCCACCCCUGACCAAAGCAUAGCUGCCCCCUCCCAGGUUCUGUGGGUUGAUAUAGGAGCGGUGGAAGACAUGUUCAACAAGGGCAAUCCCAGGAAAGCAACAAGCCCAGAUUGCAUAUCGCCAUCUUCCCUAAAGUCCUGCGCUGCUCAGCUUGCACCCAUCUUUACCAGGAUCUUUAACACCUCGCUGGAGACGUGCAAGGUUACCUCCUGCUUCAAAUGCUCAACAAUUGUCCCGGUUCCCAAGAUCGCAACCGCUAAAGAUCUGAAUGACUACAGGCCAAUUGCCCUAACAUCAGUGGCCAUGAAAGUGUUCGAGCGGCUACUCAGCUUUCAAUACAAUUGUCCCAUGUAUCCUGCAACCAAAACAUCUCUCCCUAGGGGUUCCAGCACCAACAUGCUCCUGGAUCAUGGACUUCCUGACAGCGAGGGAACAAGUGAAAGCAUGGAAGUUCUCAUCAGACGUGCGCUUGAUCAGCACGGGGGCCCCCAGGGUUGUGUCCUCUCCCCCCUGCUCUUCUCUCUAUACACCAAUGACUGUAUCUCGGUCAAGCAUCCGCUAAAAAUCAUAAAAUUCACAGAUGACACCACCAUCAUUGAUUUAAUCAAGGAAGGAGAUGAGUCGGCAUACAGACGCGAGGUGGACUGGCUAACUCUGUGGUGUAAUAAAUCAGCAGAUGAAAGUCAGAAAUUCUGGUCUGGAUUCAUUGAAUUGUAUCAGGAGAACGAGUGCCUGUGGUGUGUAAUAAGUGUUGACUAUGCCAACAGGACAAAGAGGAAUCAGGCAUAUGAGCAGCUGAUCAGAUACAGUAGAGCCAGGAACAGCGCUGCAGACCUAAAUUGGCAAGAGCCAAGGAUAAGGUCACAGUGUCAUCUGGAUCCGGAUUCUCCCACUCUUGUGGAAGAGAAGGCAUCAGAGAGUCUGGAUCUGGAUAUUACACCGGAGCUGGAAGUGGAGCCUUCCAUAAAUUGUAGCAACAAGGAAGACGAACCCAGCAUGAUGUCAGCCCUUGCCCUGGCAGCCACCAUACAGGAAACUCGGGUGGGCACUGCCCAACCAGAAAGGGCAGUGGCAGCAACAGCCUGCGAAGGGGCGGAUGAGAUCGUGACCACUGGUAAGUAUGGAACCGUCCAUUAUGCAGAGACAGUAACCCCCUGUAUUAUAGAGACAAAUAAAAACAAUGUGGUCGAGUUACACCAGGUCAGGGUGAUUGCAGUUCCCAAUGGGAAAACUGAUAGUCAGCGGGUGACCCCCAUCAGGAACAUUGCUAUGCAUUGUCCAUGGUCCCGAACAGAACUGAGGUCAAUUAUGGCAGAAUUCCCCGACCCCAGAAAGAAUCUAGUCAAAUGGCAACAAUAUAUAAAGGAAUUGGGACAUUCCCAAGAGCCCACAAAUAAAGAUUGGCGGAGAGCGAGUCUUCCCCCUAAUAUUGACAUCCCCAAAUUUAUCACAGACUGCAGGCUAAAUCCAGAAGUGCCACUCACUGAUGAUUACAAUCUGGAGAAUGUCAGGCAGAUCAACAUACAACUAGGAUUGUAUUUCCCAACUGUUGUUAAAUGGAAUAAAAUCUUCUCCAUACGGCAGAAAGAAAGUGAAACGGCAUCCGAGCAUUUCCACAGUGCUAUACAGGAAAUGGCUAGAUACACUGGGGUAGAGGAUAUUAAGGAAAAUGCCAACCACAGGGAGGUAGCUGUCUCUGUACUAAUGGAGGGGCUGAAGGAGGCACAGAGGAUCAGAGUGCAAACCUCCCUACUGAAUUGGAAGGGUAUUAUGGGUGAGAAGCCAUAUUCCUGUUCUGAGUGUGGGAAAUGUUUUGCACUGAAAUCAAAUCUUGUUCCACAUCAGAGAAGUCACACAGGUGAGAAGCCGUAUUCCUGUUCUGAGUGUGGGAAAUGUUUUUCACAGAAAUCAUAUCUUGUUUUACAUCAGAACAGUCACACAGGUGAGAAGCCAUAUUCCUGUUUUGAGUGUGGGAAAUGUUUUGCACAGAAAUCACAUCUUGUUUUACAUCAGAGAAGUCAUACAGGUGAGAAGCCAUUUUCCUGUUCUGAGUGUGGGAAAUGUUUUGUACAGAAAUCACAUCUUGUUUUACAUCAGAACAGUCACACAGGUGAGAAGCCAUUUUCCUGUUCUGAGUGUGGGAAAUGUUUUGUACGGAAAUUAGAUCUUGUCACACAUCAGAGAAGUCACACAGGUGAGAAGUCAUAUUCCUGUUUUGAGUGUAGGAAAUGUUUCACACAGAAAUCAGCUCUUGUUUUACAUCAGAGAAGUCAUACAGGUGAGAAGCCAUUUUCCUGUUCUGAGUGUGGGAAAUGUUUUGUACGGAAAUCGGCUCUUGUUAUACAUCAGAGAAGUCAUACAGGUGAGAAGCCGUAUUCCUGUUCUGAGUGUGGGAAAUGUUUUGCACAGAAAUCACAUCUUGUUUUACAUCAGAGAAGUCACACAGGUGAAAAGCCAUUUUCCUGUUCUGAGUGUGGGAAAUGUUUUGUACGGAAAUCAGCUCUUGUUAUACAUCAGAGAAGUCAUACAGGUGAGAAGCCGUAUUCCUGUUCUGAGUGUGGGAAAUGUUUUGCACAGAAAUCACAUCUUGUUUUACAUCAGAGAAGUCACACAGGUGAGAAGCCAUUUUCCUGUUCUGAGUGUGGGAAAUGUUUUGUAAGGAAAUCAGAUCUUGUCACACAUCAGAGGAGUCACACAGGUGAGAAGCCAUUUUCAUGCCGUGAGAGAAAUAAAUCCGCUCUUGUUGAACACAUUAGACAUUACCCAAGUACGGAACCAUUUAAAUCUGAAGAUACAAAGGGAGAAGAAGAGACGUAUAUGACUGAUAUAAAGGCAGAAGAUAUGGAGGGAGAAGAAGAGACGUAUGUGACUGAUAUAAAGGCAGAAGAUAUAGAGGGUGAAGAAGAGAAGUAUGUGACUGAUAUAAAGGCAGAAGAUAUAGAGGGAGAAGAAGAGACAUAUGUGACUGAUAUAAAGGCAGAAGAUACAAAGGGAGAAGAAGAGACAUAUGUGACUGAUAUAAAGGCAGAAGACAUAGAGGGAGAAGAAGAGACGUAUGUGACUGAUAUAAAGGCAGAAGAUAUAGAGGGAGAAGAAGAGACGUAUGUGAGCGGAGAUCAGCAGUGUAAGGAGGAGGAGAUCCCUACAGAUAUCAGCACAGGAGAUGGACACACAAGCAGGAAUAUCUCAGAAAAACAUCUAAUGUUAUCCCCGGAUUGUGAAAUAAGAGAUAAUGACAGUAGACAGGACUCUCCAGGAGAUAACCCCAUUACUCCAAUUAUACAUCCAGCUCUAUCAGCUGAUCCCUCUGAUCCUAGGAAAUGUUCUCCUAAUCACUCUGAUAUUGGUGCAUCUGUUAUAGAUCUGACAGAUACAGUAUUUCCAUGUUCUAUAGAUACCAAAUGUUUUACACAGAACACAAAGUGUAUUAACCCACACACAGGUAAGGCAGGUAAAAGGCCAGUAUGUCCGGAGUGUGAGAAAUGUUUUACAUACAAAUCAGAUCUUGUUAUACAUCAGAGAAGUCACACAGGUGAGAAGCCAUUUCCAUGUUUUGAGUGUGGGAAAUGUUUUGCACGGAAAUCACGUCUUGUUAGACAUCAGAGAAGUCACACAGGUGAGAAGCCAUUUCCAUGUUCUGAGUGUGGGAAAUGUUUUACACAGAAUUCACAACUUGUUGCACAUCAGAGAAGUCACACAGGUGAGAAGCCAUUUCCAUGUUCUGAGUGUGGGAAAUGUUUUGCACAGAAAUCAGUUCUUGUUAAACAUAACAGAAGUCACACAGGUGAGAAGCCAUAUUCAUGUUCUGAGUGUGGGAAAUGUUUUGCAUACAAAUCAGCUCUUGUUAAACAUAACAGAAGUCACACAGGUGAGAAGCCAUUUCCAUGUUCUGAGUGUGGGAAAUGUUUUGCACACAAAUCAGAUCUUGUUAUACAUCACAGAAGUCACACAGGUGAGAAGCUGUUUUCUUGCUCUGAAUGCGGGAAAUGUUGUGCAAGUAAAUCACAACUUGUUAGACAUCACAGAAGCCACACAGGUGAGAAGCCAUUUUCUUGCUCUGAGUGCGGGAAAUGUUUUACACAAAAAUCACAUCUUGUUACACAUCAGAAAAGUCACACAGGUGAGAAGCCAUUUCCAUGUUCUGAGUGUGGGAAAUGUUUCGCACAAAAAUUACAUCUUGUUAGACAUCACAGAAGUCACACAGGUAAGAAACCAUUUUCUUGCUCUGAGUGUGGGAAAUGUUUUACACGGAAAUCACAUCUUGUUACACAUCAGCAAAGUCACAAAGGUGAGAAACCGUUUUCUUGCUCUGAGUGUGGGAAAUCUUAUUUAACUAAAUCACAUCUUGUUAUACAUCACAGAAGUCACACAGAUGAGAAGCCAUGUUCUUGCUCUGAGUGCGGCAAAUGUUUUACACAAAAAUCACAUCUUGUUACACAUCAGAAAAGUCACACAGGUGAGAAGCCAUUUCCAUGUUCUGAGUGUGGGAAACGUUUUGCACACAAAUUAGAUCUUGUUAUACAUCACAGAAGUCACACAGGUGAGAAGCCAUUUUCUUGCACUAAGUGUGGGAAAUGUUUUGCACACAAAUCAGAUCUUGUUAUACAUCACAGAAGUCACACAGGUGAGAAGCCAUUUUCUUGCACUAAGUGUGGGAAAUGUUUUGCACACAAAUCAGUUCUUGUUAGACAUAACAAGUCACACAGGUGAGAAGACAUUUCCAUGUUCUGGGAAAUGUUUUACACGGAAAUCACAUCUUCUUAGACAUCAGCGAACUCACACAGUUGAGAGGCCAUUUAUAUACUCUGAGAAAUAAAUCAGCUCUUGUUGCACAAAUUAGACAUCACUCAGGUGAGGAACCAUUUUAAUCUUCUGGAGUAUACUCAUCAUUGCCAUGCAUUGUUCUUCAAGGUUCUUAUCCUAUCUCUUUUGCUUUUUGCAAUAUACAUGUUACCACUGGGUGAAAUAAUCAGAUGUCAUGCCCUCAUCUACCACUGCUAUGCAGAUGACCUGUCUUUUGCUCUGGGUACUGAGAACCCAGUACCAAUCCUAAAUGGUUGUCUAGCUGAGCUCCAGGUGUGGGUGAUGCCAGUUGGCUGUGACUCAGUCCUGGUGAAACAUGUCCUUAUGAUAGAAGCUCACCAACAAUGGGCAGGGCUACAGCUCAGCUUUGUAAACCAACCAAACUUACGCUUGGGGGUUCAGAGUUACAAAAUGCUGAUCAUGUGCGGAAUCUUGGUGUCCUGGAUGGUGGAGUGACACUUAGACAUCAGAUAUCAGCCACAAUCAGAUCCUCAUCUGAGGAACAUAGCCAGACUCCAGUACUUAUUUCCCUCUGAAGAUCUACCUACAGUCAUACAUGUACUUGUAUCAUCACGCAUAGACUACUGCAAUGUCCUCUACCUGGGUCUCCCAGCAAAAGAAUUGCACCGCUUGUAGCUUGUACAGAAUGCAGCAGCCAGGCUGUUACCUAACCAGCCCGUUCCUGCCACAUAACACCCAUUCUCUGCUCCCUUCACCGGCUGCCUGUAAGAUGGUGACUCUAUUGCAUAAUCUUACUGACUCUCCCAGCCCUACAUGACCAGGGUCCAUGGUACCAGAAGCAGCUUCUGCCUCCUUACUGCCCUGCUUUCUUACUUCCAUCUGGAGAUGAAGGACUGUUACCAGCAGUACCAAGAAUCCCCAAGCAGUGCUGAAAUGUCAGAGGGGCAGACAGGGUGGUGGCACUAGUGCUGUAGCAGGAGCUGCCUGAGGCACUGUCUGUGGGUAACAUUGUCCCCAAGCAGCGCUGAGGUGUCAGAGGGAGACAGGGCAAGUGCAGUUGUGGGGGAAGGGGGUGGACAGAGCAGUGGCAGUAGUGGGGGGAGACAGGGUAGUGGCAGCAGUGCAGUGAGGUGAGGCAGAGCCUUUCCUGUUAUACUAAUGUUUGUGCAAGAGUUUUUACUGUAUACGAAAAAUACAAAGACUAUGUUGUAAAUAUCUUCUUUGCAUUAUUCUAAUCAUGUUUAUAACCAAAACUCCGGAGUAAAAAGUCUAUGGCAGGGGAGGCAGUGCCCCACCUGUGUAUCUUUUCCGCACAUCUCUGAUCAAAACUCACCAAAUUUCCAGGAGUUUAUACUGCUGCACCUGUGUAUAAUGUCCAGAUGUAUAUA